AUGCCACUGCGGCAGGUCCAGACGCCUCAGUUUCUGGGAGCAAACGGGCAGGUGCAGGGAGGUCAGAGCUGCUACCUUUAUACUCCCUUCUCCUCUGCUGACCUUCUUAAUUGGAAAACUCAUGUGGCCUCCUACACCGAGAAGCCAGAAGCCCUUACAAAUCUCCUGACUAGCAUAAUGGGGACUCACAGCCCAACGUAUUUGGACUGUCAGCAGCUUUUCUUGACCCUCUUCACAACGGAGGAGCGCCAACGCAUUCUUAGAGCUGCCAAAAAGAAGGCCGAAGAGGCCACCCCCGCUGAUGUGGCAAACCGCGCCCAAUGGCUAGCGGAGAGUUUCCCAGAGACUGACCCUAGUUGGGACGCAAACAACACAGACCAUAUGAGACUGUUGAGGGCUUACAGAGGCUACCUUAUAGCUGGGAUGCAGGAGGCAGCCAAGAAAGCCACCAACAUGAGCAAAAUCGGGGAGGUUCUGCAGAAGCCAGAUGAGGCCCCAGGAGCUUUCCUUGAGCGGCUGUAUGAGGCUUACCGAUUGUAUUCACCUUUCGACCCAGAGGCGGCCGAAAAUCAGCGGAUGGUAAACUGCGCGUUUGUGAGCCAGGCCGCAUCAGACAUUAAACGAAAGCUGCAGAAGCAGGAAGGGUUUGCAGGCAUGAACAUUACCCAGUUAUUAGAAAUAGCCCAAAAGGUGUUUGUGAAUCGAGAACAAGAGGCCAGACCGGGUUCCCUAUCGCUUGGCCCCGGGGAACCCAUGGUCAAGACCAAGGUGGGGGGCCGUGAUCUAUCGUUCAUGAUUGAUACCGGGGCUGAAUUCUCAGUCGUUAACACGCAGGUGGCGCCCACCACCAGACAGACUGUGCCCAUUGCGGGGGCCACUGGAAAGACAGGCCCAAGACCUUUCCUGCAAGACCGUAUUUGUGACCUGGGAACCCACCUUGUCCAGCAUAGAUUUCUGUAUGUCCCUGAGUGCCCCCUCCCAUUGUUGGGGCGAGACCUACUAUCCAAGCUAAGAGCAGCCAUCUACUUCGAGGAAGAUGGGCAGGCCAGUGUGGAUUUCCGGGCUAAGCCCACUGGUGUCUUUGUGCUCACCUGCCCUCUGGAGGAGGAAUGGCGACUCUUCCAGGCGUCCCCAGAGAAAAGCUUGUCGGAUCAGUGGGCUUCCAUCAUUCCAGGAGUUUGGGCGGAGGACAAUCCGCCAGGCCUAGCCCGAAAUCACGCCCCCAUUGUCAUUGAACUUCAACCAGGCAUACAGCCUGUUCGCCUGCGGCAGUACCCCAUCCCCUGGAAGGCCAUAGAAGGCAUUCAAAAACAUUUGGACAGACUAUUAAAAUAUGGCAUCCUUAAAGAGUGCCAAAGCCCCUGGAACACCCCAUUGCUCCCAGUUCAGAAGCCCGGUACUGGCGAGUUUCGGCCUUGCCAGGACUUGCGAGCAGUGAAUAAAAAGACAGUGACUCUUCAUCCGGUGGUACCAAACCCUUAUGUUCUGCUGGGAUUGGUGCCACAACAGGCUGACUAUUUCUCGGUCUUGGACCUAAAAGAUGCCUUCUUUUGUUUGCGAAUUGCCCCAGUGAGUCAGCCCAUCUUUGCGUUCCAGUGGCAGGAGCAAGGCACUGGAAGAAGGCUCCAAUACACUUGGACGCGCCUUCCUCAAGGGUUCAAAAACAGCCCCACUUUGUUUUCUAAUGCGUUGGCACAAGACCUGCAGGACUUCGAUGCGGUCCCGGGCGAGUGUGUCCUAAUUCAGUAUGCUGAUGACUUGCUCAUAGCUGCACGGGGACAGGAACGCUGCUACCAGGCAACCCUCGAGCUUCUAGAAUUGCUGUGGAGAGCAGGGUAUAAAGUCUCAAGAAAGAAGGCCCAACUAUGUCAAGCCCAAGUGAAGUAUUUGGGGUUCCACGUAUCCCAAGGGACUCGCACGUUGGGCCGAGAAAGGAAGGAGGCUGUCUGUGCCCUGCCAGAGCCCACAUCAAGACGGCAAGUUCGGGAGUUUCUGGGAGCAGCAGGAUUCUGUCGGGUGUGGAUCCCAAAUUUCGCCUUGAUUGCCAAGCCCCUGUAUGAAGCUACAAGAGGGGGAGAGCGGGACCCGUUCCUGUGGACAGAAGAGCAGAAGAACGCCUUCAAGGAAUUGAAGCGGCUACUGAUGGAAGCUCCCGCCUUAGGGUUACCAGAUGUGGAAAAACCCUUCACCUUCUUCGUUCAUGAAAGGCAGGGAGUGGAGAUUGGUGUUUUAACUCAAGCCCUAGGUUCCUGGCAGCACCCCGUAGCCUAUCUCUCAAAGCAACUAGAUUCGGUCGCUAAGGGCUGGCCAGGCUGCAUCCGAGCUGUCACUGCGACCGCAGAACUCAUCAAGGAAGCCGACAAGCUGACCCUAGGGCACGAGCUUGAGGUGCAGGUGCCCCACGCUGUCCUGACCCUGAUGGACUACAAAGGUAACUACUGGUUCACAAACAGCCGGAUGACAAAGUACCAAGCCAUGAUGUGUGAAAACCCACGAAUCCGAUUGACUGUCACCGGAGCUUUGAACCCCGCAUCCUUGCUUCCCAUCAGCGAUCAGCCUGUGGAACACGAUUGCAUCCAGACCAUGGACGAGAUCUAUUCCAGCCGACCCGACUUAACGGACAAUCCCCUGUCCGAUCCGGAUGUUGAAUACUACACGGAUGGAAGCAGUUUCAUGCAGGGCGAGCAUCGCUAUGCUGGAUAUGUGGUCGUUACCUGCCAGAAAACUGUGGAAGCACGACCCUUGCCCCCAGGAACAUCUGCCCAGAAGGCCGAAUUGAUCGCCCUGACCCGCGCAUUGGAAUUGGCAGAAGGAGUGACUGCAAACAUCUACACCGAUUCCAAGUAUGCCUUUUUGACCUUGCACGCCCAUGGAGCACUAUACAAGGAAAAAGGACUUAUAAAUGCCGCAGGGAAGGCCAUCCAGUACGGUCCGGAAAUUUUAAAAUUAUUAGAGGCCGUUUGGGCCCCACGAAAGGUCGCCGUAAUGCACUGCCGGGCUCAUCAAAAACCCCUCAGUCCUGUAAGUAUGGGAAACCGAAAAGCCGAUGAGGCUGCCAAAUGGGCAGCAACCCAAGGAGUCGAGCAGAAUUGGGAGACUCCCGUUUGCCCCAUAUUCCAGGUUAAGUUAUCUGAGUGGAGCCCCCGAUAUAGCAAAGCUGAGGACGCGUGGGCUGAGGCCCAAGGGGCUCCCAAAACCCGAGUACAAGGAUGGAUUCAGCUACCUGAUAAUAGGCUGUUCGUACCUGAAUCCCUAGCAUGGCCCCUUGUGUUACAGGCUCAUGAUGGAACUCAUUUUGGGAAAACUGCCUUGGCAGAACUACUAGAUAGGCAAGUGUAUGUUUCAAAAUUGCAUAGUUUGUGCGAAAAGGCUGCCCUUCGGUGUGUUUCUUGUGCCCAAAAUAACCCAAGGCAGGGUCCAAAUCGUCCCCCAGGUAUACAGCACAUAGGGACAACCCCCUUUGAAUCUAUUAUCACUGAUUUUACAGAAAUGCCUCGUGCAGGUUGUUGGAAAUACUUGCUUGUAUUUGUGUGUACUUAUUCUAAUUGGAUUGAAGCCUUUCCAACAAGAACGGAAAAGGCGGCAGAGGUGGUGAAACAUUUGUUAAAAAGCAUUCUCCCCUUCUGGGGGCUACCAGUAAUGAUUUCCUCUGAUAACGGACCGGCGUUUGUUCAUAAAGUGGUGCAGGAGGUGUCACGGGUGCUGCACAUUAACUGGAAGCUGCACGCAGCCUAUAGACCACAGUCUUCAGGAAAAUGUGAACGAGCCAAUAGGUCUAUAAAAGCUCAGCUUUCUAAAUUGUGCCAAGAAACUAGUCUGAAGUGGCCAGACGCAUUGCCCAUUGCCUUGUUCAGAUUGCGGUGCCUGCCCAAGAAGGAGCUAAAGGUUAGCCCAUAUGAGGUGGUCUUUGGCCGACCACCACCCAUUGUAAAAGGGAUAAAAGGGGACCCAGCCCAGAUUGGGAAUCUUGUCUGGUUCCAGGAGAUACAGUCACUGGGAAAAGCAAUGAAUGAUGUAUCUAAAUAUGUGUUAGAGACUCUCCCCUUGCAGGUCCAUAAUCCGGUCCACCCGUUCCAACCCGGGGACUCCGUCUGGGUAAAGAUUUGGAGAGCCCAGCCGCUCCAGCCACGGUGGAAAGGCCCGUUCACUGUUUUACUUUCUACCCCAACUGCAGUUAAGGUCCAAGGACUGCCCAGGUGGAUCCAUUGGAUGCAUCUGAAGCGGGCGGCCACUGACUGGCAGGUGCAGCAGAUCCCCGGGGACGGGUUGCGACUGAAGUUUACCCGAAGAAACCGUCCUCUGGACCUCACUCACCGGAAGUAG